AUGUCACGUAAUUUGAUUGUAUUACUUCUCUCAUCUUGUAUUAUUUACGCGCAAUUGAACAACGUGGAGGGAAAAAAAGGUUUUGGUAAAGGAGAACAAGACUGGAGCUAUGAAGAAGUAAGACCAGGUGCUCACAUGUUCUGGUGGCUUUACUAUGCGAAUCCACCAAACAAAUCUGCGAAUUUCAAUGCUUUGUCAAAACCACUAGUAAUUUGGAUCCAUGGUGGACCUGGAAGUUCAGCUACCGGUUACGGAAACUUUGAAGAAAUCGGUCCGUAUGAUCUUUUCGGUCAAUACCGUAAUCUCACUUUGGUCAAUGAUUACAAUGUUUUGUUCAUCGACAACCCGGUCGGCUCUGGAUUCAGUUAUGUUGAUAACGAAUCUGCUUAUGCCCAAAAUAAUGCGCAAAUAGCGAGAGAUCUGUUGGAAUGUAUCAAGCGAUUUUUGCAGAAAAUUCCAGCAUUCAAAAAUAUCCCUACGUACAUUUUUGGAGAAUCGUAUGGUGCUAAAAUGGGGGCGGAACUGGCUACAGUUUGGUACAAGGCUCAAAAAUGUAAUGAUGUUCAAAGUAAACUAAAAGGAGUUCUUUUGGGUUCUCCUUGGAUUUCUCCGAUUGAUAUUGUCUUAUCUUGGCCACAAUUUUUGUUAAAUACUGGUAUUGUUGACACCGUUGGUGCGAGAAGGAUAGAAGCAUCCGCCAGAAAAGCUGAUGAAUCUGUAAAAGCCGAAAAUUGGAAAGCAGCUACUGACGCUGAAGUUGAUACCUUGAAUACUAUUGGACAAGUCAGUGACAAUAUUACACAAUUCAACAUUCUUAUUGAAAGAAGUAGCCAUGCAGGAGUACAAAAUUUUACAACCCGUUUCCCAAAACCGCCUAAAACAGCAGAGCAUUGGGCAGAGCUGGUUCGGUUUGUGAAUACUGACGUGAAACGAGCUUUAGGACUAACUUCAAACUGGGUUAUGGAUUCAGAAAAAGUCGCUGAAGUCCUUUGGUCAGAUAUCUUCAAGCCUGGUGUCAGUUUCGUUGAGGAAUUGUUGAACGAAACGAAUUUGAAAGUUUAUAUCUACAACGGGCAGCUGGAUUUGAUCUGUGCCUUGCCGGGAACUCUCAAGUGGGUGGAAAAUUUAAAAUGGAAACAUGAUGAUGCUUGGAAAAAUUCACCAAGAGUCCCAUUCUCUGUUGACGGCAUUCUCGAGGGAUACGUCAAGGCAUAUAAGAAAUUCAAGAUACUACUACUGACAAUCCCUACGCUACAACUGCAAUUGUCCAAGAUCUCACGACACGUGAAUAAAGUGGAAGGCAAAAAAGGUUUUGGUCCAGGGGACCAAGAAUGGGGAUACGUAACAGUUCGACCAAGUGCUCACAUUUUUUGGUGGCUUUAUUACGUAAAUCCGCCUGAAAAACCGACAAAUUUUGAUCCACUGUCAAAACCGCUGAUGAUAUGGAUUCACGGUGGACCAGGAGGAUCUGGUGCAGGAUAUGGUAACUUCAUGCAGUUCGGCCCUCUUGAUAUUUUCGGCCACCGUCGAAGUUACACUUGGGUCAAUGACUACAAUGUUCUGUUUAUCGACAACCCGGUCGGCUCUGGAUUCAGUUACGUGAGCGAUGAAUCUGCUUACGCGAAAAAUAACACUCAGAUAGCCAAUGACUUGUUUAGAUGUGUUAAUAAAUUUUUCGAAGUAAUCCCAACAUUCAAAAGUGUUCCAACUUACAUUGUUGGAGAGUCCUAUGGUUCGAAAAUGGGAGUCGAAUUGGCCUCUAUUUGGUAUAAAGCUCAAACUUCUAACAGUAUACAAAGUAAUUUGAAAGGAGUUGUCUUGGGCGUACCCUGGAUUUCUCCAAUAAACUCAAUUCUUUCUUGGGGGUCAUUUCUACUAAAUACGGGAAUAGUAGACACUGCAGGUUACAAUGAAAUAGAAGCAGAAACUGAAAUAAUAAGACAAGCUAUAGAAGCCGGAAAAUGGACAGAAGCUACGGAUGCUAAGGAUGUUGCAUUUAAAAUCGUUGACCAAGUCAGCGCUCAUAUUUCUACUAGCAAUAUAAUAUCUGAGAGACAUUCGUAUGGAGGAAUAAAGAAUUACACUACUAUAUUUCCAAAACCACCGAAACCACCAGAUAAUACAACAAAGCUAGUUAGUUUUAUGAACAAUGAAGUAAAGCAAGCUUUGGGACUUAUUUCUUCUUGGGUUUUGAAUCCACGAAUUGUUGUUGAUAAUAUUAGAUGUGAUAUUUUGAAACCUGUUGUCUACAUUGUCGAAGAGUUAUUGAACGAAUCUGAUUUAAAAGUUUCUGUAUACGCUGGACAAUUUGAUUUGGUCGUUGCCUUACCUGGUACUGUAAAAUGGGUGGAAAAUUUGAACUGGAAACACAUUGCUGCAUGGAAAAAAUCACCGAGACUUGCAUUUGCUGUUGAUAAUACCAUCGAAGGAUACGUCAAAUCAUACAACAAAUUGAAAAUGUUUUGGGUUCUUCGAUCGGGACAUUUGUGUAUAUUAUUCUGCUCAGCCCAAGAAAUACAAACGAGUUCCAAUCUCAAAAGUGUACCCCCUACCGUAGUCGCUCAUGACCGUACGCAUCUAGAUAGAGCAGAAGCUAAACCUGGCUUCGGACCUGGAGAUCAAGAUUGGGGAUACGUAAAAGUUCGAUCUGGUGCUUACAUGUUCUGGUGGCUGUACUACGCGAAUCCGCCAACGAAACCAGAUAAUUUCAAUGUCUACAGUAGGCCACUUCUGAUUUGGCUCCAAGGGGGACCUGGAGCUUCUAGUGCGGGCUUCGGAAAUUUCGGUGAAAUCGGCCCUCUUGAUGUCAAUCUCCAAAGAAGAAAUCACACUUGGGUUAACAACUACAAUAUUUUAUUCAUCGACAGCCCGGUUAACGCUGGGUUCAGUUUCAUUGACGGUAAUGUUACUCUUCCACGUGAUAACAAAGCGAUAGCUUACGAUCUUAUGAGGUGCAUGGAAGGAUUCUUGAAGGCCUAUACCCAGUUCCAAACAGUUCCAACCUACAUUAUUGCUGAAUCUUACGGCGGGAAAAUGGCGACGCAUUUUGCUUUACUUUGGGAUAAGGUCCAGCACCUCACAGAUGGUACUGAAAAGUUUAAGAGUAAUUUGAAAGGAAUUGGCUUGGGAGAUCCUUGGAUCUCACCAUUAGAGUCCAUUCUUUCUUACGCUCCCUUUUUAUUAAACACGGGGAUGAUAAAUUACAAAGGUUAUGAGAAAAUCCAACAGGCAGCAAGUUUGACAAAAUACGCGAUAGAUUUAGGAAACUGGUCUAACGCAAUCGAACAAUUUAAAAAUACAUGGAUUACUAUCAUUAAUUGCACAAAUAACAUUGAUUUGUACAAUCUUUUAGAAAAGAAAACACCGUUAUUUGAAUCGCAUCUAGCAUUUUCUUCUCUUGCUCAAAAAACUCAGCAAAAUGCAAGGUUUGACCAAAAACUAAAUUCCCUUAUGAACGGCAGUGUUAGAAGAACUCUGGGUCUUAUAAGGCCGUUCAAAGUACGUUCAUAUGACAUUAAACAUAGCUUGCGUGAAGACUUUUUGAAGCCAGUAACAAAUAUCGUUGAAAGAAUCCUCAAUGAAACAAAUCUCAAAGUAUUUAUAUACAACGGACAACUAGACGUUGUUAUUCCAACUUCCAGUACGCUCGCCUGGAUUGAAAAACUACAUUGGAAUGGCGCUGAAAAUUGGAAAAAAUCAGAACGGAAAGCAAUCACUAUUGAUAAUUACAUUGAAGGCUACGUACAAGGCUUCACAAAGUUAAAGAUGUUCUGGAUUAAUAGAGCUGGUCAUAUGGUACCAGAAGAUAAUUAUCAAGCAACACAUGUAAUGCUCCAUAUGCUAACUAAUGCAUCAUAA